GAGUGGCAUUCAAGAAUACUUUUUGUAUACAGAGAAAAAGAGGAAAAAACCCAUUUUCCCUAGCAUUUCCCAUAUUAAGACCCGUGUUGAAAAAGGCCAGGCUAAAAAUAGACACCGGAAAUACGUCACGCGUAAAAGGCAUUUAUAAUACAUAAUUAUACAACAUUAUGUUCUUAGCAAUGCAGACUACAUUCAAAUAAAGUGAAGAUCCGAGAAUUUAGAGGCGAUAUUUCGAUAAAAGGGCAAAAGAUGAAAUCAGAACUUUUUCCUGAAUGAAGUGAAUUUCAAAUGAAAUAGUAUUUUUGUGAACCGCAUUCGGGUUGGAGCGAUCCGGGACUAUAUAAUGUAUACAACCUUCUACCGGAAACGAAUUCUUUUCCCGUGACGUAACAUUUUACGGAAGCCAACCUUAUUUUAAUUUGUACUUUAUCGAAGACUUGUUUAUAAAAUGAACAGAUAUUUUCCUGACUUGUAGUUGUAGAAGAGACGAUCAGCAAUCCACUGCUGUGUUUUUAUCAUAAACAACCAUCAAUCAGUCACACAACAGCUUCACAAAUAAACAACAAAACAAGUUAACAAAACAAUGGCAACUAAUGAUGUUUUAACUUUCCAUCAGUGUGUUGUAUGCGAUGAAAUUUUUAAACAAUAUGAUCAUUUAGAAAAACACAAUAAGAUACAUGUUAAAGAAGAGAAAACUGAUGAUGUAGAUGAAUAUUGUCAUGUUCAAUUUGAAGAGAAAACUGAUGAUGUAGAUGGAUAUUGUCAUGUUAAAGAAGAGAAAACUGAUGAUGUAGAUGAAUAUAGGCAUGUUAAAGAAGAGAAAACUGAUGAUGCAGAUGAAUAUAGUAAUGUUACAAAAGAGAAAACUGAAGAUGUCGAAAGUGUUUAUCAGUGUGAUUUGUGCUAUCAAAAAUUUAAAUCACAAACAAAUUUAGAAAGGCAUCAGAAAAUGUAUGUUACUAAGCAAAGACAAACCAUCAAAAGCGAAUAUAAAUGUGAUGUUUGUAGUAAAUCAUUUAGUACCAAUAGUAAUUUAAAGCACCAUAAAAAGAUUCAUACUGGUCAAAAACCUUAUAAAUGUGAUGUUUGUAGUAAAUCAUUUAGUUGCAAAGGUAGUUUACAAAGUCACAUGAACAUUCAUUCUGGCGACAAACCUCACAAAUGCGAUGUUUGUAAUAAAACAUUUACUCAGAUUUAUUCCCUACAAAUUCACACGAGAAUUCAUACAGGUGAAAAACCAUAUAAGUGUGAUUUUUGUAGUAAAUUAUUCUCCACUAGUAGUAUUCUACAGAGACACAGGAGAACUCAUACGAGAGAAAAAGAUAAUAUCAGUAUUCAAUCAUUGUCUGAAACAGGGGAACUCGAAGUUCGUACUGAAAAAAAACCUUAUAAAUGUGAUGUUUGUAGUAAAUCAUUUUCCAGAAGCGCUGAUCUACAGAGGCACGUAAUGAUUCAUACAGGUGAGAAGCCUUAUAAGUGUGAUAUUUGUUAUAAAUCUUGUACUAAUCUAAGGAGCCACAUGAGAACGCAUACCGGCGAGAAACCAUAUAAAUGUGAUGUUUGUAAUAAAUCAUUUACCCACAAUUGUAAUCUAAAGGAACAUAUCAGAACUCACACAGGUGAAAAACCUUAUCAGUGCAUUGUCUGUAGCAAAUCGUUUUCUACUGGUAGUGGUCUACGAGAACACACGAGAACUCAUUCUAGAAAAAAAGAAUAAAAAUCUCAUUAAUGUAAACCUGAUUGGAAAUGUCUAGGUGACCGGAAGCCAUCAAAGAUUUCUCUAAUGUAGCUGGAAGAUCACGGUGGCUAAGUGGGUAAGACGCUGGCUCGCUAGCCUGGAGGUUGGGUGUUUGAUCCAUGUAUUGGGCGAGAAAGUUCAUCCAGAUUUUCGGGUGUGGUUCCCUGAUGCAGGUCGGAGAUCAAGACAAUAUUAAUUUACAUAAUGAAAAUACAUAAAGAACAUAUUUGAUAAAAUAUAUAAAUUGUAUGUACAGUAUUUAGAAAUUAAAAAGCUCUGGAUAAUCUAUAUAAAUGGACAACUGUAUAAAAGCUGUUUUUAUAUAAUUAUGUCUUUAGUUUUAAAUGUAUCAAUAUCAGUGAUAUUACGAA